AUGGAUGUACCCCGGCCAUUUCUUAUCCUCCUGUGUGCCCUCCACCUGACCUUGACCGGAGUGUUAAGCAAACACAUAGAUCACAGAAACCUGUUCACUCAGAGACUGUGCUGCAAAAGACAGAGCCACUUUGUCUACAUUGGACAAGACAUCUCUGGGAGUCCUGUCAGUAUUGAUGUGGGAAUGUGCAGGUCGCACUGUGGGGGGACAUCCGGGCCAUCACAUGAAGCAGGGCAGCAGGAAUACGCUAAACAUUCCUCAAUGCUGGAAUUUCUCAGGAGCAAGAAAGUAAGUGAAGUUUCCCCACACGGCCACAAGGAGGGUCCAGGGGCGCUGAACCAGCCCUCCUGCGGGAUGAACCAGGUGUGUGAGCCGACCGGGAUGCGUGUAGAGCGGGUGCUUCUCUUAGAGGGACCCCGGGAGGUGGAGGUCACCGAGGAGUGCCACUGCGAAAUCAAGUUGACCCCGUGCAUCCGCGUCCCCGCACUGAAGACUUACUACUCCGAGACGCCGUAUGAGACAGUCAUCGACGUGGGACGAUGCUCCCGGUCCAAGGGCUCAUCAGAGGGAUUCUCCUGUGUCCCCACUAUGUUUGAGUCAGCCUUGGUGGAAACCCCCAACAAAGUGGACCUCAUCCAGACAGUGGCGGCCUGUGAGCUGAAGGAAAGCUGCUACAGGGUCCCAUACGUUGAGUAUUUCUAUGAAAUAAUCAAUGCAGAUGGAGUCAAAGAGGAGAGGCUCAAAGAAAUAGAUGUGGGCAGAUGUUUGGGAGGCUGCACCACAGGAAACCGAUGCCUUCUCAGGAGUGGAUCUGAUCCAGCAAUCUGUCACUUAUGGGCUGAAAGACAGUCCAGUUCCUGUGUUCCUCAGGGCUACGAGAGCCACAACUUCCUUAAUCAGCAUGGGCAGAUACGCAACGUCCUCUCCAUCACUUCUUGCCUUUGCCAAAACUGAACACUGCGCCCCCUACUGGAAAAUAACUUCUCAGGAGUUGAAAAGUUUGACUUUACACCUAUUGAUGACCCCACAAAUACUAUAC